AUGGAUGAUACAAACCCUAAUAAACGAGUGAGGCUGAAUGAAGAGCCCAACUCGCAGUUAUCUAUUCCAAUUAAAAUGGAUAAUGUAUUGAAUAAAAUUCUACUCCAUCCAUGCGAAUCGUUGAGUGACUUUAUUGAAAAAAAGAAAGUAUCAUACGCCCCGUACUAUGCUCAUCACUUUUUUCAGGAUGAAGAGAUUGCAUUACUAGAUGAUUAUGACACACAGAUUCAUAUUUACUACUCUUGUAAUUGGUUUGAUGUUUAUGUGGAAGUAGAUGUAACUGCAUUAAAAAAUAAACCUAAAGAGGAAGUUACAUUGAAUGAAGAGAAAAAGAAUCAUUAUAUAGAAGGUAUUAUUAAGCAGCUCACUACCAUUCCCCUUGAAGGGGGAUUUUGUUCUAAAGAAGAAUUUAUGAAAAGACUGGAGAUUCCGUUAUCAUGGCUUCCUGGAGUUUCAAUGAGCAAAUUCAAUGUAGAACUUGAAGUUGGAAAUGUUGAAGAAGUUGAUUUGAGAAGAAUUGAUUUAUCUGAAACAGAAAAUUUAACCUCGAACCUUAACAGAGAAUCUAAUAAUGCGAAGUCACAUCCUGUCGUUAAAAAUUUUCAAAUAUUACAUAGGAGGAUUGAGUGGUUCCUUCACUGGUACAUUGAAUCCGCUUCCUCAAUUGACCAAGAAGAUAGGUGGGCAGUUUGGCUCCCUAUUGUUAAGAGAAAACAAUCAUUUAUAAUUUUAGGUUUAAUUACGACUUAUCUAUUUUUUUCAAUGCCCAAAUCUAGAAUGAGGAUUUCUCAGGUUUUAAUAUUUCCUCAGUACCAGGGAAAGGGUUUAGGAAGCUCAUUCCUAGAUAUAAUUUAUGAAUUUGCAAUAAAAGACGAGGAUAUAAUGGAAAUUACUGUUGAAGAUCCAGCUCUUUCAAUGAUGCAGCUACGUGACAUAUUAACUAUUGAAAUUCUUUUAAGAAAUAACAUAAUUAAGAAAAAUUUUCUAAAACCAUUAAAGGAUGACGAAAUUUUAAAAAUUUUACAGAAUCCAAAUGGUUCAAUAAAUAUUUUGAAAGAUGUGACCAUGACGUGCUUUCCUUCUCAAACUUGGGAAGAUGUUAAAGAAAAGAUUCAUAAGUAUACCAAAGAGUCUCCAAGACAAAUCGCAAGAUUGCUUGUAUUAAUAUCAUUUUUCAGAUAUUUACCAAAUCCAUUGCCCAAGGUUGAAUUCAACCAUGAAGACGAAAUCAGGGGUUUGCGAAUAAGAAAGGAUGAAGAAAUACAAUCGAACAAAAAAAGUGGUGAUAGACCAACUAUUGAUAAACUUUUUAGGGUAGCUGUGAAAAAAAGAUUGCUUGCAGAUAAUUCGGAGUCAUUAUUUGGUUCAUCUCAAUCAGAAAUGGUUCAAAACCUGGAGGUUGCUUGGAAUCAAGUCUACUCAAGUUUCUAUGCAACAGUGAAGAAAAUUAGGACAGUAUAUAUUAAUUAA